GUCCGGGCGGCGCAUGGUAUUGCCUGACCCUGUGGGCUCGUCCCGCCCGCGCCGGACUUCUUCUCUCGUCGCGGGUCCGUGCCCGUCCCUGCGCAGGCAUAUAUACCCAGACUCCAGUUUGGUUCAGCACAGCAAACACUCAAUCAAUCUCCCACUCCCGGCGCACCAAAAGCAAGGACGUAGCACGAAAACACGAUGGCCUGCGCCUUCUUCUUCGACGCCGAGCCCGGCGUGCACGCGCUGGACGCGUGCGCGCUCUGCACCAAGCCGCUGGCGCGGGACAGCGACAUCUUCAUGUACAGAGUGGACACGCCCUUCUGCAGCGACGAGUGCCGCCACGAGCAGAUGCAGCUCGACGCCGCCUGCGCCAGGCAGGCCGCCGCCCGGAGGCAGAAGCAGUUCUCGUCGGGAACGGGGGUCCGGACGUGCGCACCGGGAGGCGUCCGUCGCGAGCUGACCGGCGAGAGCGGCAUGCUCCGUACGUGCUUGAGCCAACAAGAUCGGCGUGCACGAAGACGCCAUCGCCCGUGGCCAACUGAUCAGCGCGGGGUCGAGAAGACUCGCCUUGGUUGAAGAAUCAAGACGCGUGUCACUGGAGUUGUUCACGGCAGGCGGCGCUGCACGGGCCACCGGUCAAGUGAUUUGGGUAUAAACGCAGCGGAAAGGAGCUGGACUGGAUCUGAAGAAGUCAAUCAAACAGGAUUCUCCACGGCAUUAGGCGGCCAUGUGUGCCCCUCAGCUCUCCUUUGUUUCGGCAUUGAUGUCAGUUCUGUAUGAGAGCGAAUUUGCAGUGGCACUUUCACUGUCAAUCGAAUGAAAUAAGACAUGUCUUUGUGCAA